AUGUCGGAGAACAUUGCCGCGUCGCUCUUCACUGCAUCGACUGACCUGUGUGCUGACUCGGUCGAGUCGGUGCCAGGAUAUCGCGGCCUGUUCGCGCUGGCCACCUAUCAGGUCGACAAGCACGAGCAGGAACAGGCACAAACAGCCUCAUCCUCUUCUGCGGCGAAGCAACCUGACUCAACACAUGCAGAUAAGGACGAAGAUGAGGAGAAGCAAGACCAGGCAAACGCUUCGACCAGCCCGGCGUAUACCCGACGUGGAACGUGCAGCCUGUACUCCGCCGGUUCGGACCUCGAGACGCGCGGUCAAGUCCGAUGCAGCAAGACAGACAUGAUCGAGACGCCAGCUAUUCUAGACACGAAGUGGUCACUCACACGGUCUGCUCUCUCAGAAGCUCCGCACGGUGAUGCUCGCAGGAUACUUGGCAUUGCCAAUGCGAAAGGGCAGGUGACACUGCAUCUCCUUAGCCAUCUCACGACUGGAGUUUCAUCCUCGGAAGCGCGAUUGCAGUCGCUCGGGGAACUGCACUUCAACGACCGCAGCGCGCUUUGUCUUAGUCUGGACUUCUCCGACCGUCGAGGUGGCUUUGCAGGAGGAUACAACAUGAACGAGCUUGCGAGCGAUACCUCGCUCAUCGUUUCGCAGAGCGACGGAUCGCUUGCAUACCUUCCCAGCCUCGAGCUUGCAUUGAGCUCCGUCGAUUCUGUCGAUGGUCUCGAGCUUGCAUUGAGCUCCGUCGAUUCUCUUGCAUUGAGCUCCGUCGAUUCUGUCGAUGGUCUCAGUCACAACUUUCAGCAAGCAUCACUGGAGCAGACCUCAGAGAACGCGGGCUCGGAUGCGGGCAGCGAUGACUGGGACCGAACGAGCGAGGACGAGCGGGUGGCCGCUCUGGAAGCUGCGCACCUUGCGCUCAACUCGGCCUUUGCGUCCAAACCGCGCGGCCUGACGACGUGGCAGGCGCACGACUUUGAAGCGUGGAUCGCGGGUUUCGACUGCUUCACGCCAACCACGGUGUGGUCUGGAGGCGAUGAUCUAAGCCUCAAAGGCUGGGAUUUGCGUUCUGGCGGUCCCACACCGAGCAAGGGUGCAUCGCCGACGUUCACUUGCACAAAACCGUUCGAUGGCGGGGUUACGAGCUUGCAGUCGCAUCAUCUAAGGCAACACUUAUGGGCCGUGGGGAGCUACGACUCGCGCGUGCGGCUGUUCGAUGCACGCAUGCCCGCACGUCCACUCAGCGAAACCGACGUUGGUGGCGGCGUUUGGCGAAUCAAGUGGCAUCCAAGCCAGCCAGACAAGCUCCUGGUUGCCUGCAUGCACGACGGCUUCAAAGUGCUCAGCCUGACCGACUUGACUCAAGACGAUCCACAGCCGCCCGAGCUCAGAGGCAAGGAGUUCGAGAUCGUUACGCGCUUUGACGAGCACAAGAGCCUCGCCUACGGCUGCGACUGGGACCGUGCCGCAGAGUCCGCGCCGGGAGAGGGGCACAAGGUGUACAGCUGCUCGUUCUACGAUGCUACUAUGCACAUCUGGGACGGCCUCACAAGCUGA